UUGGCAGCCCUGGCAUCUGCACUCGGCCGGCUUAAAUGUCAACGCGUGCUUAACUUGUGUACAUUACUAAAUAAUGAAAUAAUUCAAUAGAGAUUUAUCAACAAAAUAGCAACAUAGCAAUUAAUUGAACUACAACAAUUUUUGUGAGUGGCCAACCAACUCGAAGAUUGAUCGCUGAGAAGCUUUACGGAUAAUAUAAAAUGAAAAACGUUUUGGAUGUCAUGUCGCUGCAGCAGCACGUGGAGACGAGCAAGGCACAAAAUAUGAAGCCAAUUGAUUAUCGGAAGUCCACGAAACCUGGUCUUGUGCCUCUGUACAUUUUCGAGUGCGCAGCUAAGCUGAAGAUGAAGCCGCUGACAGCCGCAUGUGCCGCCAUUGUCUACCACCGUUUCUUCAAGGAGGUCAAAGCAAGCGACUACGACGAGUUUCUAAUAGCCGCCUCCUCACUAUACUUGGCUGGAAAAAUCAAAGACGACGAUACUGUCAAAAUACGCGAUGUUAUCAACGUGGCAUACAGCACACUGAACCGCGGCAGUGCUCCGUUGGACUUGAACGACGAGUACUGGGCUAUGCGUGAUGCAAUUGUCCAAGCCGAGCUAUUGAUAACACGUACCCUCAGUUUUGAUCUAAACAUUGAUCUGGCACACAAGUACUUGCUGUACUACAUGAAGACUCUGCAGGAUUGGGUGGGCACGGAUGUGUGGAACUCUGUGCCGAUUGCCAAGACUGCCGCAUCCUACCUUCAAGACUUUCACCAUAGCUCAAACAUAUUGAAAUACAAGCCCACCCACGUGGCCAUCGGUUGUCUAUCUCUGGCACUGCAAACAUAUGGUGUGCAGGUGCCGCUGACUGACGAGUCGGACGAGGCUUCCAUGUGGUACAAGCCCCUGGUCAAGGAUUUUACCAGAGAGAAUCAAUGGGAAAUCAUCGAAGACGUCAUUGAAGUUUAUAAGCAUGAGGCAUCCCUCAAGGCUAACUAGACUUCCAACAUCAUCAUUGCCA